UCCUUUUUAGCCAUGCAAUUUUCUUCCCUUAACAAGCACUUCCCUGGGGGCUUGCUCACUUCUGAUUAAAAUACUGGUUGGCUCCACCCCUCUGCUGUAAUGUGAUACAACUUUGCAGAAAGCAGGAAGUCUGGGGAGAGUACCCUACAUCAUUUCAUAAGAUGGAGUCUUCUGAAUUGGCUUUCACGAUUUGGCUAUUGGCCUGUGUUUCUGGACCUGUAGAUGGAUAUCCAAAUGGAAAAGUGACAGAGGCCUGCAGUAGUAUGAUGCCUCUCCAUGGGCAUCAUCCUCAGCUGACACCUAAGCACAUCAUAACAGCAAGUGAGACUGAAUUUAGACCAGGGGACCAUAUAAAAGUGACUUUGUCUGGGCCAGACUUUGAAGGAUUUCUUAUGCAAGCCCGGGAUGCAGAGAACUUGGAUGGCCCUACAGUUGGCUCUUUUCUGCUAGUUGAGCAACGAAUUUCUCAACUUCUGACAUGUAACCAUGUAAAGAACUCAGCUGUCAGUCACACACACAAAUCAAAAAAGAACCAUUUAGAAGCUUACUGGAUUGCUUCCCCAAAUGCACCAAAACACGUACAAUUUCUAGCCACAGUUGUGGAGAAGUAUCACAUUUUUUGGGUAAAGAUUCCUGGUCCUAUAAUUUCCCAACCUAAUGCCCCACCUUUAACCACAAUACCCACUACCCCAAAGACACAGCCAACUUCACAGCCCAUUUCUCAUCUAAUAAAACCAUUUAAUGCCUCGGGCUGUGGAUCUGUGAAGUUCUGUAUAAGGAAUCCUACAAACUGCAAUCCUGAGGCUGCCAACUGUUUCUUUCUGUCCUUCAAACCAGAUGGUCAUUCAGUUAUUAUAGAAAUGAGUGGCCCUAGUGAAGGGUAUCUAGCAUUUGCACUAUCUCAUGACCAGUGGAUGGGUGAUGAUGAUGCAUACUUGUGUGUUAGUGAAGAUCACCAUAUCAACAUCAAUGCUGCCUUCCUGAGAGGACGGUCUUCUCCUGUGUUGGACUCUGAGAAUACCCUUGAAGAUAUAUCAUGGAGGCUGGCUGAUGGUGUUCUUCAGUGUUCCUUCAGAAGAAAAAUCCAUCUCUCUGAUAAUCAAAGGAGGUAUAAUCUGGAUGCUAAUUAUUACAUAUUUUUCGCAGAUGGAGAAGUUGGUGAAGGAGGUCCAAUUUACAAACAUCAGCGUCAGCCUCUCAUUAGCAAUGGAAUGUGCAAUGUCACAGGCCCUCCAAAGGACUUGGGGGGAUCUCGUUCUCCACAGCUUAUUAAAAUCCAUGGUGCACUAAUGUUCGUAGCAUGGAUGACUACAGUUAGCAUUGGUGUUAUUGUAGCACGAUUUUUCAAACCAGUCUGGCCUCAUUCCUUGUUGUUUGGAAAGGAGAUUUGGUUCCAGGUGCAUCGUACGCUAAUGUUGACCACGGUGGCUCUUACAAGCAUUGCUUUCAUUCUGCCUUUUAUAUACCGAGGAGGCUGGAGUUAUAAAGCAGGUUUUCAUCCGUAUCUUGGUUGUACUGUGAUGGCUUUGGCAAUCUUCCAAUCGCUUGUGGCUGGUUUCAGACCCUCUCCUCAUGGACCAAGGAGGCAGCUAUUUAAUUGGGUUCACUGGAGCACUGGCACAACUGCUAGAAUAUUAGCUGUUGUGACUAUGUUCCUGGGAAUGGAUCUACCAGCACUCAAACUUCCAUACCCAUGGGACACUUAUACAAUGAUUGGAUUUGUGGCAUGGCAUGUUGGGAUCGAUGUUCUUCUGGAGAUACAUGGCUACUGUCUCAUUCACAAAGUUGAGCUAAUAGAUGAUGAUAGGAUACAUAUUCUGCAGUCACUUACAUCUGUGGAAGCAGAGGGUCGUACAUUUAAGCAGAUUGUAUUAACUAUCUACAUUUGUGGAAACAUAGCAUUUCUCAUCACCUUUCUGGCAGCAAUCAACCAACUAUGAAACCUGUACAGAUGUCAGUCAUGGACUUUAAAUGUGAAGCCUCCAAGGAAAUAAUGUGGUGUUUGAAGCACUACUCACAGAAUUACUACCUAUGCAACCACUGCCUCAGUACCUCCUUGAAGCUAUAACUGAAGAAUAAAUGUUCAUGUAUAGAUCUUGUUUAAUGUGCACUGUAAUUAUCGCUCCCAAAGAGAACGCAAGUUCAGAUUCAAAGGACUGAUCCUACAGUCCUGCUGUAGAUACUUGCUUCACUUCUUCAUGGGAGUCUGGCUGAGUAAAGGCUACAAGAUUUUUUUUUUCACAGUUGUUUAACUUUAUUUAAAAUUUAUAGGAUGAGUAAGUGAGAUUAGAACUACAUAUUGGAAGGGGGAAAAUUUAUGUUUUGAUCUUUAGUCAGUUGUUAUAACCCUUUGUGUGCAUAUUGAAAAAGUGAAUAGUGGUCCUAAAUUUGCUGUUAAUUGCUGAAUUUACCAGGUUGCUUAUUAAUGUACUUUAUGAUGGUGCUCAUUCAAAUAUGUUGUGUUCUGGUACUGUUCACAGUGCAUAGAACAAGUGACACAAACACAAGUUUACCAACUUAUGGCAAUGCAAUCCUUUUAAUUUGCAGUUAAAUGCAAAAACUACUACUUGCUCUAGGAGCACUUUCAGAUAUAAAAUGUAUAUAGAACUGAGAGUUAGGGUCCUGUAAUGGGUCUGGUGUUGGUAUGAGUCUUGGCACCUCCAACACACCUUGGAACAUAAAGGGAAUAUGUGGUGAUUUUUUUUUUUUUUUGUAACGUGUGUUUUAUGUAGUAGCUAGAUGCUUCCUGUCUGAACUUGAGAAAAGUGUGUGGUGUGAGGAGGUGGGAUUUUAUGUAAAAAGUAACCUUUGGUGCCUAUGUACAAAACUGUCUCUGGGCACCAAUGGCUUUACGUGUCAUAUCUGAAUGAGUGGAUUGAUUUUCAAAUAGGCUUAUCUAAAUAGGGGAGCCAGGGUGUGGGUAGUUCUGGCAACCCUAUGGUCAAAGCUAUUUCUUACUGGAUAUGCUACAAGACAAUACUUCUACCUCU